AUGACAACCAACCCCAACCGGCCUGAGAUUCAGUCCCAGUUGCUUCCCGGCCAACAUUUCACAGACAUCUUGGCGGUGCCCACGUCACGCUGCAACCGGUACGGCCGUUGCAUUUAUGAGUACCCUCAGCCUAUCAACCACCAAACUUACAUGGAUGAUCUCAGUCGUGUCCGCUACUGCCGAUGCAACCAGGAAGAUCGAUGGGUGACCCCUCAUAUCCCUGCCCUUGUGCACCUAAUCGACUGCCAUAUCUACGUGGACGUGUGCUCAACAGCGACGAUCUUCCUGUACCCCUUUAAGGAUCCAUUCAAGGGACUCGAUCGGGUGUGCUUUGGUGUCCGGGCCCUCCAUGAUACCCACACGGAUGCUCUCCUAGACGAGGUGGAUGAGUUUACUGACCAUGUAAACGCCCGCUACCUUUCUUUGUCCGAGGCUGUCUACCGCAUCUUCAAGUUCAAUACCGUCUACAAACGUCCUAGUGUCCGCUGCCUCACCGUCCAUCUGAAGGAAAGAACUUAG